GUUACAGGAACAGUCAUCAGGAGGCAUCCAGAGUGUGAGGAUGUUCCGCAGUUCCAGAAGAUAUCGGUCUCAGGCAACAGAGGUCAAUGUCACAGGUCAAGGUCAGCCAUGUUACUCCUGCAAGGAGCGGUGCCCAGGCUUCCUUGCUCACAGGUGGAGAAAAAUCUGCCAACACUGUCAAUGCCCAUGGGAGGAGCAUGGCAGUGCUGCAGCUCCUCAGGACCUGGAGCGGUCUCUCUGCCGAAUGGUGGGUGCCCAUCGCUUGUCCUCUGGUGAAAGUAGUUCUGACACUGCGAUGGAGAAGUAUGCCUGGGUACCCCCUGGACUAACCCCUGAGCAGAUCCAGCAAUACUUCAGUUGUAUUCCUGAGGACAAAGUCCCCUACGUACAGGGUACAGGAGAAAGAUACAGACUGAGGCAACUUCUCCACCAACUACCCCCACAUGACAGUGAGGCCCGGUACUGCUGCUCUUUGCAGGGAGAGGAAGAGGUGGAGCUGCUGACACUCUUCAACCAAAAACGGAGACUAGAGAAUUUGGGUCGUGGGUCUGUGCGCCCGGUCUCCAGAACCAUGAGUGGGACGGUGUGCCGUAAGUGUGGGCAUCAGAUCAGCGGGGGUGAUGUGGCAGUAUUUGCAUCCAGAGCCGGACUGGGCACAUGCUGGCACCCCCAAUGUUUCACCUGUACCCAGUGCUCCGAGCUCCUGUGUGACCUCAUCUACUUCUAUCAGGGAGGACAGGUGUACUGUGGGCGCCACCAUGCUGAGCUUCAACGACCACGGUGCUUAGCAUGUGAUGAGGUCAUCUUCUCCGUAGAGUGCACCGAGGCUGAGGGUUAUCACUGGCACAAAAGGCACUUCUGCUGCACUGAGUGUGAAUGCGCACUUGGAGGUCAGAGUUACAUAAUGAAGGAAAAGCGGCCAUAUUGCUCUCACUGCUAUGAGAGACUCUAUGCACAGUACUGUGAUAGCUGUGGAGAGAGCAUUGGUGUAGAUGAAGGACAGCUGUCACACGGAGGACAACAUUGGCAUGCAUCGGAACGCUGCUUCUGUUGCGGAAGGUGUGGGACCUCCCUUCUGGGCAGGCCAUUCUUACCACGUCACGGGCAAAUUUACUGCUCCAAGCCCUGCAGUCUGACACAGGGUAGCAGCGAGCACUCUGUCAGCCCAACACAAUCCGAGGUAUCUCCGCGCAAGGAGACAAGGGAUGUCGGCACGUCUACGAACACUGACCCAGAGGGAGAAAGUUUUGGAGAACGAAGAAUGGGGGGAGGAAGGAGAUCUAUGUCUAUGAUAGAUCAGUCUAGGACAACACAGAACUGUCACUCCCACAUAACUCCUGUAAGAUCCAUACAUUCCAGCUUGAGGGGAGCUCCUUCUGAAUUCUCCCGUGGAUCUACCCAAAGACGCUCUAUGCCUGACCUCAGAAGUCAAAGUCGGACAGGGCACCGGGUCACUUUUAGGAUUCCUCUUAGCACUGAACUCAAGGAACCAAUACAGUUUUCCUACCCAUCUUUUUCUUCCUCUUCUUCUUCGGAAGAUGAGGAGGACGGUUAUUUUUUAGGAGAACCCAUUCCUUUGCCUGCUUUUAUGAGACCUCCAGGAUAUUCUGCUCCUUCUACUCCGGCCUCCACACCAAAGAAGAAAGAAAAGAACUGUAGUCUGUCCUGAUAUAAAUGUAGCAUGGCCACCGAGAGGCCAUCAUCAGCUACCAAUGUAUCCUACUGAACUCAGACGGCUUGAAAACAUCUUAGGGUUCUACACAAACCAAUGUUUACACUUAAAAGCACUCUAACCCCAUUUCCGCUAUACAUCCAUUUCUGCCAUACAUCAAACAGGACAGGGAAGCAAUUGGAGGAACCAGAAGUGGUUACCUGAACUGUCUUUCCAGCUAUGCACAAUGCAAACUAAAAGGUCAGGAUUUGCACGGUUCCGGUAUGAAUGGUCGACCACUAUUGGUUGAAAUGGACAUGGUCGUCAUGGACACAUGGUCGA